AGAAUCAGAUCUUAGAAAUUAGCAUAUGGUAAUUGGCUUGCUAAAGUAGUUUUGACUGAGUGUCCCGUUUUAGAAGCUCCAUGUCAAGUGCUGAAGAGAAAUUUGAGUUGCCCACAUGGCGUAGCUUCUGUGGUUAUAGUAGGAUUGUUCCCGAUGUUCCUCCAUGCACGUGGUUGGCGCCGAGCUUGGUGCCGAGUCACUGAUCCAUGCUCAUGAGCAUCAUGCAUCAUUAGCAGCAUGCUGCAGCAUCAGUGCACCACUGCAUCUGAAUGAUCUGAUCACAAUAUUUAGUUCUUAUGAAAUCAAAAUGGUCCCCCUUCCUAUAAGAGCUGGUAGCCGAUGUCAUUUUCUCAAUCCCAUUUCCUUGAGUCCUUGUGUACAUUCAUGUGAGGGUGAAUGUAUUCACGAAGACAUCCUUUCCUUUCUCUCCCACCUAGAGUUGGCUUCAUCUUUACACCUGCUUGAUCUAGUGCUCACUGCUCAGUCAUCAGUCUAUUUCGUGGCUUCAUGCAUUUGCUGGACGUAUCCGCCAGAGCAACUCGGGCGACCAUUUUAAAGAAUUGAUCUUCGUUUUGGCAUAUGGCUUAUGGCAUCUUCGGUGAUAGACAUGAUACUGGGCAUUGGUAUCACCAUCAAGAUCACCAUCAACUUUUGGACCAUUGGUGUGGACGGGUCAUCUUUAUUUGCAGCUGAAGGACUGCGAUGGCGAAUGCAAAGAUUUCGGUAUCAUCAGCUUUUGGAUCUUUGGUGUGAACGGCCCAUCCUUAUUACCACACGAAGGACUCUAGUGGCAAACGCAAGAUGCUGUGCAUUGGUGUCACUAUCAACUUUUGGACCAUUGGUGUGGACGGGUCAGCUUAGCAUCUGGAGGACUGCAGUGGCCAACGCAAGGUUGGCAGCCGGGAUGUUCUAAGGCCUUUUUACGAAGCGGGAAAAAUGAGACAGGCAUAAAAAAUGAGAUGACCCUGACUGCACCGAUGUCCACGAGAGAGGGAACUCGGUAAGUUAUUUGGUUGGUCAUUAACUCAUUGCCGUUUAGAAAUAUUUUUUGCAUUAUUUCUAUAAGAAAAAUAAUUAAGAAAAUAUCCAGUGCCUACGUUUGUGCGAUGUAAUAGGUUGAAGACGGUUGAAGAAGGUGAAACGGGGGCUUUUUGCGGGAGGGGAGUGGCGGAUUAGCUAUUGUUAGCAGCGUUCGGUAAUGAGCGCCUGAGAGUUGAUAGAGAAUUGAGUCGUUGAAUUUGCUUUGUGGGUUUCCUUUUUAUUUAAAAACAUGUUAGCAAUAGUGAAAUUACGCAAAAUUGAAGUGAGCGAGGGAAAGUGUUUUCUAUAUUCAAUGAAAGUUCUUAAAUGUGCGGUACAUUCAAUCCGUGCAACUUUUUUGGCAAUAUUCCCAGUCGUGGUAUCGUUAAGGAAACUCGAUUAGAAUUUCAAUUUAAUCCAUAUUCAAUCGAAAUUUAUGUUCCAUCUCCACAUAGGCCUUCAAAUACUUCUCAUUCAGUAAAAACAGUGAAGAAAGAAAUCCAAUUUCAACAAAAUAGUCUAUAUUGUACUGAAGGCGCAUUAAACUGAAAUAAGGCAAGUAAGUAAAAAUGUUUAUUCGUGAAAAUAGUGCGCUAUUCAAUACUGAUACUUGAAUUAACAAGAUUUUACACUUAAACGAAAGUAACCACUAACGAUGAAAAUCAAUUGAAAAGCUAUUCUCAAGUAAGAUGACCUACUUGAUAUACUUUCUAAUAAAAGUGAAGUUGCUGGAGUGGUUUCGAUUUAUUCGAAUGGGUGGGAUAGUAUGGCUUCGGGCAUCAUUUCAACAGGUUGAUGAGAUAUGGAGUUGAACGACUUGCGACACUGACCGGGAUUUGAAGAACAAGCCGAGCUAUUGGCUUAUGCAGUUGGCAACAAGCUGAAAAUUUUUGCAAGGAAAUAUUCCCCUUGCACAUGCACCUUGAAUCUUGGACGCGCCAAAUUUGUAACUUUUAUGCUGCUUGUUUGAAUAAUGAGACUACUCGGUUAAGAUCCAUCAUCUAGCAUUUCGCAAAAACGUGUACGCAUGUGCACCAAUCGUGCAAUUUAAAAAUUUAGUCGAUACUAAUCUUUGCGAAAGACUAGAAUUUAAGAAUGAAAGAGAAGGUUUUGAAGAAAUAAGAGAGCAUGACCGCUUUAUUUUUUAAAAUGAAAAGGAAUGCAAAUCAAUCUAAGGCCAACGCAAUCAAAUCAGAUAUUGAUGGCCAAUAUUGGCAAGCGAUUAAUUGGGAACCAAUGCAUACAUUUUUUGUUUUUCAUACAAUCUAAUAUUACAAUUUUAGUCAGUGUAUACACAUCUGGUUUAGUGGUUUUACCUUCACCUUCUUUUUAUUUAUAGCCGGCAAACGUCCACACCCACAAAUUCCAUUAGGCAUCACUCUCUUGUGAUCGUAUAAAAUCGCGGACGAAUCGAAUUGAAAGUAUCAGUUAUCUAGCUGUUUCAAGCAAGUCAACUACUGCUCCAACAUGAAGUACCUCGUCCUCGUUGCCCUUUUCGCCUUUGCUGCUGCCGAUUCUUACAAGGCUGCUGAAUACCAAGCCCCCAAGUACGAGACUCCCAAAUAUGAAGCACCAAAGUACGAGACUCCCAAGUACGAGACUCCCAAGUACGAGACUCCCAAGUACGAGACUCCCAAGUACGAGGCUCCUAAAUACGUAGCCCCUAAGUACGAAGCCCCUAAGUACGAGACUCCCAAGUACGAGGCUCCCAAGUACGAGGCUCCUAAAUACGUAGCCCCUAAGUACGAAGCCCCUAAGUACGAGACUCCCAAGUACGAGACUCCCAAGUACGAGGCUCCCAAGUACGAGGCACCUAAAUACGUAGCCCCAAAGUACGAAGCUCCUAAAUACGAGACCCCCAAGUACGAGGCUCCUAAAUACGAAGAAGUCACAUACGCCGCUCAACCCUACAGCUUCGGAUACGAUGUCCAGGAUAAAGAAUCUUACACUGAAUUCGAGCACAACGAAAAAUCUGACUACAACGUUGUCACCGGAUCUUACCGCGUUGUUCUCCCCGACAGCCGCGUCCAGAUCGUCACCUACAAGGCUGACGCCAACGGAUACACCGCUGACGUGAAAUACGAAGGCGAAGCCAAGUACCCCGAGUACGUCGAGUCCCAAUACAAAGCUGCUGCUUCCUACGCUGCCCCUGGCUACAAGGCUCCUGAAUACAAAAAACCGUCCUACACUGCUCCAACCUACGCUGCUCCAGCCUACACUGCUCCAGCCUACCAAGCUCCUGCUGCCUACCCUAAAUAUUAAUUCCCAUAAAUUGCAAUCUUCAUUGUGAGAUUAUUAUUUAAUAAAUCAAAUCUUCUAACGA